AUGUUGAUAGCCGAACUACGCCAAGAGAGUGUGCAGAUGGACGUAAUCUGCUACAGUGCUGCAAUUAGCGCAUGCGAAAAAGGUGAGCAGUGGCAGAAGGCAAUGGCUUUGCUUAGCCAGCUGUUGGAAUCUAAGUUGGAGAUGAAUGCUAUCAGCUAUAAUGCUGGAAUUAGUGCGUGUGAAAAGAGCGGUAAGUGGGAGCAGGCUUUGUCGUUGUUGGGGCAGCUGCUGGAAGCAAAGGUGGAACCAGACAUUAUCGGUUUCAGUGCUGGGAUCAGCGCGUGCGCAAAUUGCGGGCAGUGGGAGCCAGCCUUAUAUUUGUUGAACGACUUGCGGAAAGCGAGGUUGGAAGCGAACCACAUCAGUUGCAGCGCGGCAGUCAGUGCGUGUGGAAAUGGUGGGCAGUGGGAAUGGGCAUUGUCCUUGUUGAGAGAGUCGAGAGACGCAAAACUGAAACAGGACGUAACUUGCUACUGUGCUGGAGCCAGCGCGUGUGAGAAAGACGGGCAGUGGCAGUGGGCGUUGUCUUUGUUAGACCAGUUGCGGGACAUAGAGUUGGAAGCAGACGUCACGAGUUGCAACGCCUGCAUAAGCGCGUGUGCGAAAGGCGGGCAGUGGCAGUGGGCCUUGUCGCUAUUAAGCGAUUCACGGCACGCGAGGUUGGAACCGGAUGUCUCAGCUACAGCGCAGGGAUCGGCGCGUGCGAGAAGGUCGGGCAGUGGGAGCAAGCACUAUCGUUGUUGA